AUGGAGAGUGCGUCGCAAGGACAACUAUUCAACACCUCGUGGACUCUUCACCGUCUGUCCCCACUCUAUCACGGCGAAGACUCAGUAAGUCUUCUCAGCAACGCCGCCGCACUGAAAGCAUAUGCAACGCGAUUACGCGAUCAACUCACCGGCGACGUCCUAGCUGGUCUGCACAUCCCCACGAGUGCGACCGCAGACGAGACCUUGUCCCGGACGGGCGCAUUACUCGAUUGCCGCUGGGAGACUCUCGAGCCGAGCUCGACUCGACCCAACGCCUCGUUCUCGGGACUCCUGGUCACGCUUGAAUAUGAGAACAUCUCGUGCAAGGCAGCUUUAUUGGCCAGCCCUGACGACAAUGAUGCCACGAAUUCCACGUCACGGGCCAAGCGUAGUGGCGUGACAAUGCUGCCUUUGCUGUUGACGAGGUUCCCUACUGCUCUACGACAAACUUUCAUCUCUUUCUUGCAGUCCAAUUUCGAUGCAUACUGCUCGAAUCUCCGACUUUCGUCGGCCUUCCUGUGUACAGGACUGGAGACUUUCAUCACCGAAUUGCGCGGGUCGAGAGAUCACUCCAAUGCAGAUAAUGCCGUCGAAGAGACGGUCAGGGAUCUACAAUUGUCACUGGCAUUCUCAUCGUCCAUCACGCCGGCUUUACGAAAUCUCAAUGUCAACAUUGCUCGAGAUUCGCUCGUUGGAUUUCUCAAUUCUGACUCUACCUCGGAGACAUCGCGAAGGAAAUCGCCUACGCAGCGUCAACCAAAGAGCAAGUUAAUCGCGAAUAUCAGCGCUUAUCUCGAUACACAUCUCGCCAUGCAAGUCGAUCUUGACGGGUCACUACAGAACACGGUCUCCCGGCAGCAUGUGCGACUGUCGAAAGUCGCAUGUGCCGCGUUCGUGUUGGGCAGCGAGGGACGGAUGAAGCUUGUUGUGAACGCGACGCAGACCAGUGGGAACGAAGAUGAUGCGGAGCAGCGAGUACCUCCAUCUUUGAGGGCAAGUGAGAUGCUGCUGCGUUCGAUUAUCGAAAAGGCUGCCAUGGCCGAUUUGAGUACGACUUGA